AUGUCGCCAUCAUCGACUUCCCAGUUUGAUGUGAAGAAGAUAGCUAUUAUUGGCGCAGGACCAAGCGGCCUAUCUGCCGCGAAAUAUCUACGUGCGCAAAACGCCUUCGACUCUAUCGUCAUAUUUGAGCAACAGGGAGAAACUGGAGGAAUAUGGAACCGCUCGAAAUCUCCACUCGAAACGACCCCCAUGCCCAAAGAUGAUAGAUUCAGUUCAUCAAACAGCCUCAUUGGUCAUGACCCAAGCAUACUGUCACCGAUAUAUGAUCAGCUUUACGCCAAUAUUCCUGUACCUAUGAUGCGCUUUUCUGACCAGCCCUUUCCCCAAGGGAGCUUAUUAUUCCCUUCGCGCGAGGUCAUCCAGGAGUACCUUCUUAAAUAUGCCAAGGAAGUCAGGCACCUGAUAAAAUUCGGUGUUCAGGUAGAGAAAUUGGAACCUAUAUCCAAGGGAGCGAGAACCACUUGGGUAUUGGAGGCAAAGUCUAUGCAUGAUAACCAGAUCAUGAGAGAUCUAUACGACGCAGUGGUUAUUGCGACAGGGCACUACUCUGUCCCAUUUAUUCCAGAGAUUAAGAAUAUCGCAAAAUUUAUGGAAACCCAUCCGUCUGUCGUAUUACACUCCCGCGACUAUCGCACACCCACGUCUUUCAAAGAUAAGAAGACAAUAGUGGUGGGCAACGGGGCAUCGGGUACUGAUAUUGCGCUCCAAAUCAAUCGAGUAUCAGCUCGAAGAACAAUGGUUUCUGUGAGAACACCAACGCCUCAGCCACGACUAGCAUACAUGGGUUGCGAAGAAGUUUCAGAAAUCGAGGAAUUUCUUGCGGAUGAACGGGGAAUUCGAUUCAAGGAUGGAAGAGUCGAGAGCGGGAUCGACGCUGUUAUCUUUUGCACGGGAUUCUUAUAUGACUAUCCUUUUCUUCCCGUUUUACAAAGGAAGCUUAUUACAACAGGCGACGGUGUACAUGGGCUUUACAAACACAUAUUUUGCAUUGAUUACCCAACUCUAGCUUUUUCGGCACUCAAUGUGAAAACUGCCCCUUGGCCACUUGCCGAGGCGCAAGCUGCAGUGUUUUCUGCUGUAUGGUCUAACAAUAUUCAACUUCCUUCAGUUGACGCGAUGCAAGAAUGGUCUAAGAAGCUUUAUGAAGACGAAGGAGAGCAGCUGCAUAUUUUCCGUACGUCAUCGGCGGACGGUCUAUACAUCAAUGACCUUUAUGACUGGGUGGUGAGGUCACAUCAUACUCAUAAAGGGAAAGAACCGCCUUUUUGGAAUGACAUUUCCUUUUGGCAGAAACAUAUUUUCCCCCAGGCUAAACUCAAAUUUGAAAAAGAUGGCUAUAAGGCGACCAGUUUAGAAGAACUCGGAUUUCACUAUGAAGAGAACUGGAAGACAAAAGAGUGA